AUGAGGCCGCCGGUGGAGGUCUGCGUGUUUCUGCUCUCCCUCCUCGCUCCUGGAGUUUUGUACGCCAUGAACAACAUCCCCGCUCUUCAGGAGCCUCUUCCCAUCCUGGGAAUGGGGAUGGUGGUUCUAGGAUCGCUUCUUAUCCUGGUUCUUCUCACCGUGCGGCACAAAACUAAAGUGGAUCCAUUAUUUUAUGUGUUUGCAGAGUUUUCCUUCACAUGUAUGGUGGGCCUGACCAACGCCUUGGAGCAGGACGGAUUCAUCUCCGGCUUCAUGGGCUUCUAUCUGAAGAUGGGUGAGCCUCAUCUGAGUACUGCCUACGCCGUCAUGAUGUCUUACUGGGAGGGCGUCGUGCACUUCAUCCUCUUCCUCACCAUAAUCCACCGAAUGUUCACAGGGAAGUCUUACCGCAGCCUGGGCCUGCUGUGGGCCGGUUCAUCCAUCGCACAUCAGGUUGUCCACAUCCCAGGAGUCGUUAUUGGGAAGUAUGGGUCCAACAUUCGGCCGGCCUUCUGGAGGAACGUGCCCUUCUUUUUGGUUCCUUUCUGGGCAGCGUUCCUGCUCUUCAGCCGACCGAGAGAGAUGCCCAUCGUCACAGCAGACAAGAUUGCUUCAGAGCAGAAGAAAAGUCUGCUGUCUCGACCCAUCGACCUGCUCCUGUCGCUGCUCUUACUGGGAGCCGCAGCCUUCUGCGCCUUCAGAGGCUUUGUGGUGCUGGACUGUCCCAUGGACAGGUGUUUCACCUACAUCUAUCAGUACGAGCCGUACCUCAAAGACCCGGUCGGCUUCCCCCGGGUUACGAUGUUGGUGUACCUGUUCUACGCUCUGCCCCUGCUGACCGUGCUGGUCUGCGGUCUGAACACACCGGGGUGCAGCUGGAUGUUGGACUGGACCGUGUUCUUGGCGGGCGCCAUGCUCCAGGCCCAGUGGUGCCAUAUCGGAGCAUCUCUGCACUCCCGCACUCCUUUCACGUACCGAGUCCCGGCAGACAAAUGGCGGCCUGUUAUCGGCCUCAACGUGCUGCUGGCUGCCGCGCCGGCUUUACUGGCCCUGCGCUGCCACGCCAGCCCCGCUUAUUUUAUGAAGCCCGUUCCCAAGGGACAGGCCAACAACAAGAAGAAGAGGAACUAG